AUGGCUUCAAGGCUAGCUAUUCCGCCAUGGCUCACCCCACUCACCAGCUGGACCCUUCUCCAGACUCUCACCAGUCUAACAGUAACAUUCACACCGUCCGCCUCGUCUCUCCGGUAUGUGGCCGCGGCAAUGACCGCUAUUUGCGCUUACAUAUUCCAAACGAGCAUCCAAAACCACUUCUCAGGAGCGCCCGCGUCAGGCCCGCUGGUUGCCAUGUGCUGGGUGAACGUGCUCAACGCGAUCGACUUGCUGGUCCUCAGUCGGGCCUCGUUCGACGCCUACCUCUCAUAUAGGCGAAGUAAAGAGGAAAAGAAAGACUCGCGGCGCUCCAGCACCGAGGACUCGACAAAGGACAGGCUUCUCCUGGCUCUGACCCUACCCUACAACUACCGCCGCAUCAACACCCCCUGGCAACUCUCGCGGCUGCCAGUCCUUACCCCUUCUUCAUUCCCGUCUUCGCUUACGGUCAAUAACCGGCGGAAGUUCCUCCUGCACUCUACCGUGAAGCUCAUCCUCGCCGUCAUCAUAAUGCAAAUUCCACUCAUCGACCCCAGCGAUCCCGUUGUUCUGCAGGCGGUCUCGCAACUCGAUCGAUCGAAAUCAGUUCUCCUUCUACCCUUUUGCGCCUUUACCCAGAAGGGCGGGUUGCAUGCGCUCUGGCUUCAAGCUCGCUUCACGCUGGCAUUCGGAAUCGUCAUCCGUGCGACCAUUGUCGCCGCCUACACGGCCGGCUCUAUCUUCGCUGUUAUGCUCGGCGGGGAUCCCGCCGAGUGGCCGCCUGUAGCGGGAAGUCUGAGCGAGGCGUGGACAUUGAGCCGUUUAUGGGGACAAGCAUGGCACCAAACCCUUCGCCGGCCUCUGGCAUCAAACGCAACCUUCCUCGCGGCACUCGCUGGCUUUGCACCCAAGAGCACCGUGGCGCACUGGAUCCGCGUCCUGGUUACCUUUGUAGAAUCGGGCGUCGUCCACUCAGCCUGUGAUAUGGGCUUCGGCAUCCCCUUUGGAGAGAGCGGAGGAGUGGUGUUCUUUUCCCUUCAGAUUCUGGGACUCGUACUCGAGUCUGUCUGUCAGAGUAUUGCUGCAAAGGUGGGAUUGAGGACUGGGGGCAGAUUCAGUAGAGCGGUCGGGUAUAUCUGGGUCUCUGUUUUCAUGCUCUGGACAGCGCCUGUUUGGGCUAACCCGAUUCUGGUGAAUUUGGCGAGCGACGGAGUCAAUCUGAUGAGUCCUUGGCUGGGGUUUCCGGCCGGGAGUUUUUGA